GAGACCAAUACUUCACAGACGCCGUUUCCUCAUUUUUGACACCAGUCUAUUCGCCUUCCCUCACAAGGUGGUCGGGUUAGUGCUCGAAAGAAAAAUCAAACGAAACCUGCGGUAGGGGAUCAGGGAUUCUUGAACUUCAUGAGUCAGCUCUCCAGAUUGCACGUUCAAUGGCAGGAUUAGUGCCCCGGAGCUGGAGAUGAAUUCCGAGCCAAUCCUAGAAGAAACUCUGAUAAAGCGGUCUCAGCAAAAGAAACGCACUUCUCCUCUCAACUUUAAAGAGAGGGUCUUCGUAUUGACAAAAGCAAAACUGACAUACUAUGAGGGUAGACCAGAGAAGAAAUCAAAAAAGGGAUCUAUUGAUUUACAGAAGAUCAAGUGUGUUGAAAUUGUGAAGAAUGGAGGUGGGGUUAUCCCAUGUCAAAACAAAUAUCCUUUUCAGGUUGUGUAUGACGCAAAUACCUUAUAUGUUUUUGCUCCGAGUAAUGACAGCAGAAGUUUGUGGGUUCAACACAUAAAAGAAGAGAUAAAGAACAAUCCUUCAAUAGUUGCAAAAUUCCACCCUCAGUUUUGGCAUGAAGGUAUAUGGUUGUGCUGCAGACAGGCAGACAAAUUAGCGCCAGGCUGUGAAGAAUACAACCUGUUUGGAGACAUUUCACGAAAGCCUCUUCCUCCAAUUCCUGCAAAUGAGACUUCAGAAAAGCCUCGCAGGCUGCCUCCACCUCCACCUCCUGAAGAGGAUGAUGUGAGUAAAGAAGAGGAAAAAGAGGAAGUUGUAAUAGCCAUGUAUGACUUUGAGGGGGUGGAAAGCCAUGACUUGAAGCUUGUCGAGGGUGAAGAAUAUAUAAUUAUUGAAAAAUGCGAUGUAAACUGGUACAAAGCACGGAAUAAAUAUGGAGAAGAAGGAUAUGUACCCAGUAAUUAUGUGACUGAGAAAAAAUUGAACAACCUUGAUCAAUUUCCAUGGUACUGCAAAAAUGUGAACAGAAAUAAAGCUGAACAGCAGCUGAAAAAUGAAGAUAAAGAAGGGGGAUUUAUAGUGCGAGAUUCAAGCCACCCUGGUGCCUAUACCGUCUCUUUGUAUACAAAGUCAUCAGGAGAGGGUGCUUCAGUACGACAUUACCAUAUAAAAGAAACACACACUGUGCCUAAGAUGUAUUACUUGGCAGAAAAGCACCAUUUCAGUAGUAUUCCUGAACUGAUAGAGUACCAUCAGCACAACGCAGCAGGCCUUGUGACAAGGCUACGGUAUCCAGUUGUACAAAAAGGGAGAUUAGCACCAACCACAGCUGGUUUUAGCUAUGACAAGUGGGAAAUCAACCCCUCGGAGCUGACUUUCAUGAAGGAGCUAGGCAGCGGACAGUACGGUGUGGUGCGCUUGGGCAAAUGGAGAGCGCAGCACAAAGUUGCGAUAAAAGCUAUCCGCGAAGGCGCAAUGUAUGAAGAGGACUUCAUUGAAGAGGCAAAAGUAAUGAUGAAACUGUCACAUCCAAAACUGGUCCAGCUAUAUGGCGUGUGUACUCAGCAGAAGCCCAUUUACAUAGUGACAGAGUUUAUGGAACUGGGCUGCCUGUUGAACUUUAUCAGACAGAGACGAGGGCAUUUCAGCACAGGAUCACUGUUAAGUAUUUGUCAAGAUGUGAGCGAAGGGAUGGAGUACUUGGAGCAAAAUGGAUUUAUUCACAGGGACUUGGCAGCAAGGAACUGUUUGGUAAAUGAUUUGAUGGUCGUAAAAGUGUCUGAUUUUGGAAUGGCAAGGUAUGUCCUAGAUGACCAGUACACCAGCUCCUCUGGUGCAAAAUUUCCUGUUAAAUGGUCUCCUCCUGAAGUCUUCAAUUUCUGCAAAUACAGCAGCAAGUCAGAUGUCUGGUCAUUUGGUGUUCUGAUGUGGGAAGUGUUUACAGAAGGUAAAAUGCCCUUUGAAAACAAUGCAAACCAUGAAGUGGUGACAAUGGUCAGCCAGGGUCAUAGACUUUAUCGACCGAAAAAAGCCCCACCCAAUAUGUAUGAGAUCAUGCAGUUGUGCUGGCAUGAGAAACCUGAAGAAAGGCCUACAUUUUCUCAGAUUGCAGUUCUGAUCAAGGAAGUUGCUGAAGGAGAUAGUUCAUGAUCUUCACUCUGGACUUCAUAUUCUAUCAGCUUGGACCUUUUAUGCAUAUCUGUUCAUGCAUAACACAUUCCUGUUUCGCAAAUGUUGCACAACCUGUGGAGGUUUGGAAGGAAAUCUGUAGAAAGAAAGACUGGUUAUAUUAGCAGAAUUUUGCAGCCUAAUACUGUUAUAAUUGAAAAACUGAUGUAAUGUAUAUUCAUAUGUUUACCCUAAGGAAUAUACACACACUUAGGAAUGAUUGUUUGUCACGUUUUAAAAAUCUCCACAAAGAAAGACAUCAAAUUUAGGAAGUAAUAAACUGUUUCACACUAUGUCCAGUCACCAGACAUGAAGUACAGUACAUACAGUACAGUAUAGUGAGCAUGUCUGUGAUCAUUACAACAAAAACAGUCCAUUCAACAAACUUUCUCAGGAUUAUGAAUACGAAAAAUCAGAUUAAUAAAAACUGAUUUUACAGAUAUGAACUAUUCCAGUUAGAGCUUCUUCCUAGAUGACAAACUGGACCCCCAUCUCAGUCCAUACUCAUUUUUGCCCCCUUUUGACCCUGCUUUGAGUAAACCUGUCAGUAUGUGAUGAGGUUGCUGAGAGACAACUCUGAGGGAAUUCGGAGGGGAAGAGUAAACUUGAAUCUCGGCUACACAGUAGAGCAAAGCCAAAAACACAUUCUAAUUCGCAGGAUUGUAGAUACAAGCUUUCCACAGCUUUUAUUAAACUUUUCCCUCAGAUACGUCAUGUCAGGUAUCUUCAAACAGCAUGCCACCCAUGUGCACAUCAUAGUAACUCACCCAGCAAUUUUAAAAAUAGAAUUUAAAAAAAUUCUGGGUCCUGAGUCCCAUGGAGUAGGUAAAAAAUAACUAAUAAAUUAAUUAUAAAUUAACAAACAUAACAAGGAAUUGGAAUUUGACACAGCUUGAGGCCUAAUCUACAGGAUACAAUGUCAUACUGCUGCGUGGCAUUAACAUUUGCUGCUAAAGCACAUGAAAAAUAAAUUUUAAAGUUUUAACUUACAAGCCUACAUUGUAAGUCAUAAUAUGUAGGGAGGAUGCUGUUAUGUAUCGUUUGUUGGAUGUUUUUUUAUUAAUAUAAAAUUAAUAAGGUGCACUCCCCUACUCAGAUUAAAGGGGAUAAAAUGAUUAGUGCACAUUGAAACUCAUUGCUAAUUUCAGUUUAAUAAAAUAUUGUUAAUUUA